AUCCUCUGUGUGAGCUGUCAGUCUCACCGCACGCAGCUGUGGAAAUGAGAUCAAACUGAGCUGAAGCUCUCAGCAGGCACACAGGAGAUCAACAAGAGGAGGGGUGAAGAUCUGAUUCCUACAGUUCGGAGUUUUUUUUUUUUUUUACAGGGAAGAAGAGUGAAGAUAUUUUGCUUUGAUUAAUUUUGGUUUUCUCAAAUUUAAUCAAUUUUUGAGACCUUUUGUAAAACUUGACUUGAAAAGAAGAUGAAUGUGCCAGUUUUGAGGCCCCAGGAGCAGCCUCAUCCUCUCUGUGGCCCCCCCUCGGUCCAGGAUUUACCCCACUGUCCCCCUGGGUUCAACCUGAGCUCCCGCCUGAAUCCCCCUCCCGUCCUUGGCCUGCAGAGCAGCCAGAGAUCCUCCAAACCUCAGAGGGAGCUGAGCCCUGAGGAGCAGCAGGAGCUCCGCAGGAAAAUCAACAGCAGAGAGAGGAAGCGGAUGCAGGACUUGAACAUUGCCAUGGACGCCCUGAGGGAGGUCAUGGUUCCUUAUGUCUCCUCGCCGUCCUCCUCCUCCUCCUCUCAGUCCCAUCAGUCUGGAGCUCCUCCAGGACGAAGGCUCUCCAAAAUCUCCACCCUGGUUCUGGCGAGGAACUACAUCCUCCUCCUGGGCUCGUCUCUGCAGGAGAUGCGGCGGCUGCUUGGGGAGGUCAGCGUGGGUAUGGGGGUCAAUUCUGGUCCUGUCCCUCGCCUGCUCCUCGCUGGAGGUUGGCCCCUCAUCUCUGGCCCUGGUCAGCUCCUCCUUACCCAGGAGUCCCUCCUUACCUCAGCAGCAUCGUCCUCCUCCUCCUCAUCUGCAUCAUCGUCCUCUGCUGCUAAAUGUCCCCUGCUGUCACCGGGCCCCAUGGAGGCUUCAUUGGCUCCCAUGCAGUGGAGCUCAGCAGGGGCCUCAGGAGGGCCCCUUUGCCCCUGUGGGGUCUGCAGACUGCCCAGAUUCAGCCACUCGAACCCGGCUCCAAGAUUCCCAAAGUGACCCCAUGAAGAUGAAGGAGGAGGACUUAUGAAGACUAAAUGACUGUUACAUGUACACAACUUUUUUGAUAUGAUAUAAUUUAACAUUUUUAUAAUAAUCUACUAUGUUUACUUGUGUUUAAUGGACAUUUUUCAAUUCUGUUGAUCUAUUAUCUUGUUGGUUUUUAAAUGUGUAUACAGAAUUUUAUUAUCCAGUUUUUGUUUAUAAGUCAUGUUUCAUUAUUUCUUUGUAUAUCAUAACCUGCGGUGGAGACUGAGUAAGUAAAGAAGUAUUUGUACUUUUAUUUUGAAGGGAAAUUUAUUUUUACGUCACUACAAUUGAAAGACAAUAUUGUACUUUUGAUUCAACUAUAUCUCUAUGAAUCUUCUGACUCACUACCCUUACUCUGAGGUCAACUGAUGAAUCUCUUUCCAAAAUCCAAUCUGAAAGAUAAUAAACUCUGUUCUUAUACGUCUAUGUGUGGUUUGUCUAAAUGGUGUUGCCUUACCUGUACACCACCUGAAUGAAGAGCUUGUAUUAACUUUGACAUUGUUUAUAUUUUAUGGUUGGUAAUUCCUGUUGUUGUUCCAGUUAUUUUGGAGCUGAAAUCUAAAAAUUGGGAACAGGUGAGUUAGUAAAAUAUAAAUGGUGUUUUCCAAAUAAACACUGUGGCAGAAUGUACGCCUAUGUACUCUUGAAUGCACUGAAAAUGUUUUAUAUCUGUAAAGAGAAUAAAUUAAAGUGCUUUCAAAUCCUUUAAAACUAUA